ACCCCAAACGAUUCGUUUUCGAGUUUGUUAAUCAGAGGUUCUGGAGGCCAAUGUUUUGUUUAUUUUUCUUCUCUAUGCAUGACCUAAUUUGCCUGCGCGCAUAUAUGACAGACAGUUGUUGGUCUGGGCACGUCUCCAGAGUCACCGGAGAUGCCCGUUUUAAUCCUGAUCAAAUCAGACAAAUGAAUCAUGACUCUCGAUUCAGUAAGAGUUGUUCAAAAGUAACAAAUCGUCCGCGAACUGCACAUCUCUAAUAAAGAACUGAGGUUGUGAUUGCUCUGAGCAUGUGACAUUUCAGGAUUUUGUUGCGGCAGCAACAAAUAUUAUACAUUUUUGCUAAACAAAUUGAACUUCAACUGUGGAGUUUAAAAAGUGUUCUAGGUCUGCUUCUUAACGGAAUUACUUUUGUUUUUCACAUUGUACCUACCGACGAUGCAAACUUCAAGCUGAUUUACCAUGCCAGGUGAGGAGUCUAGCCAAGAAAAAGGAGGCAGAUGCUGAAGACGUGCCUAAUUUCUUCUGCUGCUUUCCAGGACACACAAGAAAGAGGCUGCAUAGACACACAGGGGAUAUACUGUGUUACAAAGAAGGCUGCAGAUGACAUGGACAAGAGGCUGAACCCCAAAACAAUGGAGGAUUUUAAACUAAUUCUCCUAAUUUAAGCUAUUUUCCCACUGAUCUGAAGCUCCUGCGACAGAGUGGGCCCAUGCCAUGUUGAGGAGACAGAGAACUGGCUCUCUUCUGAACGCUUUGCUGUGGUUUCUCUUCUUCAUUGGCAUGGCAAUGAAACAGGCUUAUGGACAAUCCAUUAGCAGUUCAGAAAUUCACCAAAUUGUGCAAACAUUUAUUAAGGAGGAAGUUCACAAGAUGGAAUCAUUUGAUUGCAGACUGUACACCCCAACUUUAGCUGAUUAUAAGCAGAAAUGUCCCAGGUCCACACUCACAUGCUUUACGACAGAGGUAAAAGUCCUGAUGUUACAAUAUGGGAAACGUUCUUCAUCCUUACACCAGAAAAGACUCACCAAACGACUGACUAAAUUGAUGUCCUUGAUAAAACAGAAGGAUGGUGCCAACUGUCCACACUGUGAGGUCCACAGAGAACAGGCAGCAAAUGAUUUCUUAACAACAUUACUAGGGAUUCUGGAGUGGAUGAACAAUCAGGGGUCUCAGUUGCCAGACAGCCACUGAGAUGUACACACCCAUAGCCAGGGACAUCCAAGGACUCACAUAAGAGCAGAAAGCUACCUGAACAUUUGCUAGAUGUAGCAAAAUACUAUAUACACUACCAAGUUUGGGGUUACUUAGAAAUAUCCUUGUUUUUGAAAGAAAAGCACUUUUCUUUUGUCCAUUAAAAUAACAUCAAAUUGGUCAGAAACUCAGUGUAGACAUUGUUAAUAUUAAUGUGCAUAUUUGUAAACAAU